CACACCACGUCGUCACACGCAAACCACACGACCGACGACACGACUAAAGCGAAAGAGUCGCCACACGAGUGUGACAGCACCUCGCUCGCGAUCAAGCCAUGGCUUUCGCGGCUCGCCGUAGCGGUGGUGGUGCACUGUUGAUGAUGCUGGCCGUGGCGGCGGCGGUUGUGGGGCCGGCGGGCGCGGACUUCGCGGCGGACAAGGCGGAGUGCGCGGACAAGCUGAUGGGGCUGGCGACGUGCCUGACGUACGUGCAGCUGACGGCGACGGCGCGGGCGCCCACGCCGGACUGCUGCUCCGGGUUCCGGCAGGUGCUGGGCACCAGCAAGCGGUGCAUGUGCAUCCUGGUCAAGGACCGCGACGAGCCGGCGCUCGGGAUCAAGGUCAACAUCACCCGCUCCAUGAACCUCCCCUCCGUCUGCAACAUCGCCGCCACCUUCUCGGACUGCCCCAAGAUCCUCAACAUGGCGCCGGACUCCAAGGAGACGGAGAUCUUCAAACAGUAUGCGCGUGAGCACGAGGGCAAGAACGCCGCCACCACUUCGCCCACCGCCGCCGCCGCCACCGCCACCGGUACUGCCGCCGGGAAGAGCGUGGACGCGACGUCCGGUGCAGGGAGGCACACGGUGGUCUUCGCCACCGUCGUCUCGGCGCUGCUCGCCUCCGCCUUUGUUCUCGCGUGAUGAUAGGCUUGUCUGCGGCUGUAGGAAAGAGACCAAGACACUUUCAUGAUUGUGCUGGGCUGGGCUGUGUAGUUUCCAGCCUUCGGCCUUCAGUUCGGCUUUGUGUUUGCUGUGUGUAGCGAGUGAAUCCUCAUCACAGAAAAAAUAAAUUGUUGUGUAGUGCGUGA